AUGUCCACCGACGCUGCCACAUCUGCUGGCUCUGUUCCUCCAGCCACCGACAAUGUGCUCCCAUAUGAUCCGGCGAAUCUGACAGCACCGUUAAUCAAUAUCAAUGUCGUGAAUGUCACCAAACUUUCGGCGACGAAUUAUCUUACUUGGAGCCUACAGUUCCGAUCACUUCUCGAAGGAUACAAUCUUCAAGACUUUCUCAACCCAGCCAUGGAUAUUGCUCCGACGAUAACAGAAGCCAAUGUCGAGAAAACCAAUCCGCGGUUUUCUCCUUGGUUUCGGCAGGACAGAUUGAUCUUCUCGUCUCUUCUUGGAUCAAUCUCCCUCUCCUGCCAAGCAUUGAUUGCGCGUGCAACAACCACCAGCGAGGCCUGGACCACCCUCGCCUCCACAUACGGCCGCUCUAGCCGAGGCCAUAUCAAACAGAUCAAAGACACGAUGAAGAGGUUCACCAAAGGCGGCAAAUCAAUUGACGAAUACAUGCAUUUCUUCAAAUGCAAGGCAGACGAACUCGCACUCCUCGGAAAACCGCUCGACCAUGAGGAUCUGGUUGAUCUCAUCCUCGCUGGCCUAAGUGACGAUUUCAAACCCGUCAUUGACGCGAUUAACGCCCGAGACUCUCCCAUCUCCUUUGUUGAACUUCAUGAGCGAUUGCUCAACCAUGAAUCGGUCCUCCUCAGUGUCAACAAUCACUCCUCAGUUCUGCCCAUCACCGCCAACAACACGCAAUCGCGGUCUCAUGAAGCUUCUUCCCGUCCACCAUGGCAGCACCAACCGAGAGCAUCUUCAGAUUCUUCUGCUUCACACAACCGCAAGCCUUCUCAAGGCUACAAAGGAAAGUGCAAGCUUUGCGGCGUUCAAGGUCACAGUGCGAAACGCUGUCACCUUCUCCGCUCCCCUGGUGGUCCUUCGCUGAAUCAACCCUCUCUUUCGCCAUGGCAACCUCGGGCUCAUCAUACAUCUCUCGCUGCUCCGCCGACCCCUCCAACGUGGCUCUUGGAUUCCGGUGCCUCUCACCACAUCACGUCGGACUUGACCAACCUCUCCCUUCAUGCGCCUUACACCGGUGGAGAUGAUGUCGAGCUUGGUGAUGGCUCAAGCCAUCCUAUCACACACUCGGGUGAAGGAUCUCGAAACGGGAGUGCAACUCACAACCGGAAUGCUUAAGGAUGGUGUGUAUGAAUGGCCACAAUCCGUCCCCUUCUCCUCUCGGUCUCCUAAAGCUCUUUCGUCAAUAAAGACUUCCUUCUCGGAUUGGCACA